UUGAGAAGCUUGUAGCCUUUUCGUGCCCAUUCUGAGUUGUUCUCCUAUAUUUAGCUCUUCUGCGACACAUAGACUGAGAUUUAGAGAGACAAACAAAGAGUAAAGAUGGAAGCUAACAUCAAGAAAGAGCAAAUCGUGGAUGUGAGGUCGGUGGUCGAAGCUGUCUCCGCAGACGACAGCGACGCUCCUCUUUACAAAGUCGAAAGCCUCUGUAUGCGUUGCGGCGAAAACGGGAUAACAAAGUUCUUGUUGACUUUAAUUCCCCAUUUUCGAAAGAUCUUGUUGUCGGCCUUUGAGUGUCCACAUUGUGAUGAGAGGAACAAUGAAGUUCAGUUUGCUGGUGAGAUUCAGCCCCGGGGAUGUUGCUACUAUCUGCAGGUCCCUUCAGGUGAUCCAAAGAUGCUUAACCGUCAAGUAGUGAAGUCUGAGUCUGCAACUAUUAAGAUUCCUGAAUUGGAUUUUGAAAUUCCUCCCGAGGCUCAGCGUGGAUCUCUGUCAACGGUGGAGGGGAUACUAGUACGUGCUGCAGAUGAGCUGCAGGCCCUUCAAGAAGAACGCAAGAAAGUGAAUCCUCAGACUGCUGAAGCGAUAGACCAGUUUUUGUUGAAACUGAAAGCUUGUGCAACUGGAGAUUCAUCUUUCACCUUCAUCCUGGAUGAUCCUGUUGGAAACAGCUUUAUUGAGAACCCGUUUUCUCCAUCCCCGGACCCAUCCUUGAUUAUCAAGUUCUAUGAGCGAACUCCAGAGCAACAAGUAUCACUGGGGUAUGUUGUGGACCCUUCACAGUCGGGAGACCACUGUGAUGGACCAUCAACAGAGGAAACAAGUGGUGUUUCAGACGAAGUCAAAAGAGAACCACACGGCUCAGUUGGAGCAACAGCUGCUCAUCGGGCCAUCGCUCAGAGUAAUAGUUCAGAUAUUGUGGAUACUAUGUUUAGGUACUCUGCACCAGAAGAAGUGAUGACUUUUCCAUCAACAUGUGGAACUUGUGCCACCAAGUGUGAGACGCGAAUGUUUGUUACCAAGAUUCCCUACUUCCAAGAAGUAAUUGUCAUGGCAUCCACUUGUGAUGCUUGUGGUUACCGCAAUUCUGAGUUGAAGCCUGGUGGGCGAAUUCCUGAAAAAGGAAAGAGAAUUGCCCUUACUGUGAAAGACAUUAGUGAUCUAAGCCGUGAUCUAAUAAAGUCGGAUACUGCAAGUGUGGAGGUCCCAGAGCUUGACUUGGAGUUGGCUAGUGGCACUUUGGGAGGAGUUGUUACAACUGUUGAAGGUUUGAUUACAAAAAUUAGUGAAAGUCUUGAGAGAGUACAUGGAUUUACGUUUGGAGAUAGUCUUGAUGAAUGUAAAAGGACCAAGUGGCAAGAGUUCAAAGCAAGGCUAAAUAAGCUUCUGAGUUUGGAAGAACCUUGGACCUUAAUACUAGAUGAUGCUUUAGCAAAUUCUUUUGUCGCACCAGUGACUGAGGAAAUCAAAGAUGACUGUCAGUUGACAUUUGAAGAAUACGAGAGAUCGUGGGAGCAGAAUGAGGAAUUGGGUCUGAAUGAUAUUGACACGUCUUCGGCUGAUGCUGCAUAUAUCUCAACUGAUACGAAAAUGGGGGAGAAAAAAGACGUAUGAGUAUGGUUUUUAGUAGGUUAAAACCAUGUUUAAUCCUCUUUUCGUAGGUUGAAUAUGAGUUUGGUUUUAAGUAGCAUCUUGAAUCCUAGCUCAUGUUUAACUAUAAAGUAUUAGUGUGCUGCCCUGCUGGCAGUUUUUUUUUUUUGUCACCCCAUUCAACUUCAUUAAAUUGUGAGCUUUGUAUUGUCCCCUCGCCUCAACCUGGAAGUGGCUGGAAUUGGAUAUGUUAUAGAGUGGAGAGAGAGAAAUCUAUAUCAUUUUGGUAUCCCCAUCAUUGCCAUACAAUGCAUUGAUCGAGUUAGAGUACA